AUGUUUGUUAUAGCUUCAUCAUCUUCUUCCUCUUCCAGGAAAUAUGAUGUGUUUCUGAGUUUCAGAGGAGAGGACACUCGCAGAUCCUUCACCAACCAUCUCCAUACUGCCUUAUGCCUCGAAGGUAUUGAGACAUACAUUGAUCAUAAGCUCCCAAAAGGUGAUGACAUCUCCCAAUCACUCAUUGAAGCAAUUCAGGAUUCAUCCAUCUCUGUGGUGGUCUUAUCUCAAAACUAUGCGUCCUCCAAAUGGUGUUUGAAUGAGCUCCUUCAGAUCCUUCGCUGCAAACAAAAGCAGGCACAGAUUGUUGUUCCUAUCUUCUAUGAAAUCGACCCAUCUCAUGUGCGCAAUCAGAAAGGAACUUAUGAGAGAGCAUUCUUAGAACAUUUGGAGAAAAAACCAACGAAGGUGAGGGAGUGGAGACAAGCACUUUUUGAGAUUGCGAAUUUAGCAGGAUGGGACUCCCGCAACUACAGGGAUGAAGCAGAACUCAUUCAAAAUAUUGUCAAUGACAUCAUCAACAAAUUGAACCAUGGGUACUCAGGAAGUGUAUUAAAAAAUAUUGUUGGAAUUGAUGAGAAUUUGGAUCGUAUUGAGUCGUUCCUAGAAAGAUCCUCAACAAUUGGGAUUUGGGGGAUGGGCGGGAUAGGCAAAACAACAAUGGCUAAGGUUGUGUUUGCCAAACUCCGCUCUCAAUUUGAUAGUUGCUGCUUCUUAGAAGAUUUUACAGAAAAGUAUGAAAAGUAUGGGUUUGAAUAUGUACGUGACAAACUUUUCAGUGAACUAUCAAAGAAUAUAUCUCUUGAGAGGCUCAAUCGUAGAAAAGUUUUGAUUGUACUUGAUGAUGUUGGCAACACAAUGCAUUUAGAUAAGUUGGAAAGUGAAGUUCCUCAUUUGGGACCUGGUAGUAAAAUCAUCCUGACAAGUAGAGAUCGGCAUGUGCUUAUUGGAAGAGUUGAUGAAAUACAUACGGCCCAGGCAUUGAGCUCCGACAAGUCCUGUGAGCUUUUCAACCGUGAAGCCUUCCGCAAAGAUGGUUUUAAACGUGAAUAUAAAGAACUAGUUGAAAGAGCUCUUGCUUAUGCCCAAGGCGUUCCAUUAGCCUUAACCGUUUUGGGUUCAUUCCUUUAUUCCAGAACUGUAGAAGUAUGGGAAAGUGCAUUGAGGAAAUUAGAAAGGACACCCCAUCCAGAUAUUCAAGCUGUGUUAAAAUUAAGCUACGAUGGACUUGAUGAUGAAGUGAAGGAGAUAUUUUUAGACAUUGCUUGUUUUUUUAAAGGUAAAACUAGACAACAUGUAGAAGCAAUGCUAGAGAUCUUUGGCUUUCACACAGGCAUUGGUUUGGGAAUACUUGUGGAUAGGGCGUUGAUAAGUCUUAGUUAUGGUGUGGUAUGGAUGCAUGAUUUAAUUCAAUCAAUGGCUUUUGAAAUUGUUCGCAAAGAUUGUAAGAAUCCUGGAGGGCAUAGUCGACUAUGGAAUUCCGAUGAGAUCGUCGACGUUCUAAAACAUAAUCUAGGAAGUGAUGCAAUUCAAGGCAUAAGUUUAGAUUUGUCUCAAAUUAAGGAAUUACAAUUCAGUGCUGAUGCCUUUGGAAAGAUGCCAAAUUUAAGGUUUCUGGAACUCUAUUCAUCCAACCAUGAGAGGUCGUGUAUUGUGAAUCUUCCUCCAAUGCUUGAAUCAUUUCCUAAUUCAUUACGGUAUCUUCGAUGGGACAAUUUUCCUUUAAAGUCUUUGCCAUUGUCAUUCUGUGCUGAGAAGCUAGUUGAACUUCACAUGCCCUGUAGCCGCCUUCAAAAACUAUGGGAUGGCAAGCAGGACUUGGUGAAUUUAAGGAAUAUAGACCUUUGGGGAUCCGGACAAUUGAUAGAGUUGCCAGAUUUGUCAGCAGCUAAAACACUUGAACGGGUUGUUCUUCAAAGCUGUGAAAGUUUAUGCCAUCUUCAUCCAUCCGUUUUAUCUCUUCCGAGAUUGAAGUCUGUGAAUCUUGCACUUUGCAGAAACCUAAAGAGUUUGAAAACGGAGAGUCAAUCAAAAUCGCUCUCGCGACUAGAUGUGGAUGACUGCGAUGGUCUCAAGGAAUUUUCAUUCUCUUCGGACAAACUUACUUCUUUAUAUUUAUGGACCUCACCAGUCGAGAAUAUAGACUUUUCAAUGGGGCAUAUGGAGAACCUUCAGAGUCUCUCUCUUAAUGGUUUGAAACUAAAGAAUCUUCCCAUUAACGACAUUUGUUGCAUGAGAUCUCUUGAGGAGCUUCAUCUUGAUUAUUGCACGGGAAUGAUUGACAAAUCAAAGCUCCAUAGCUUAUUUGAUGCUUUGCGAUAUCUGGAAUCACUUUCUUUGAAAGGCUCAUGCACAUUAACGGAACUUCCAGACAAUAUCAAGCAUCUCUCGAGGCUACAUUCUCUUGAUGUAAGCGGUUGCAGAUACCUUCAAUCUUUACCGGGACUUCCUCCAUCCAUUGAAGAAUUACAUGCCAACAGCUGCACAUCAUUAAAGACGCUACAAUUCCUUCAAUCUCCAUUGUUGGCAGAUGAAAUAACGUUGGGGUCAGCACUCCGUUCCUCACCCAGUUAUCCCCAAAAUCUUCGAGAUCUUUUUCUUGGUGGCUGUAAACAGUUGUGUGAACUCCCUGAAAGCAUCGGCUCGUUAUCUUCAUUGUCUUCACUGGAUUUGAGUGGAACUAUGGUAGUGAGCUUGCCUGCUAGUAUCAAGUAUCUCUCAAAUCUAAAAGAAAUACGCUUGACUAAUUGUACAAGGCUUCGUUCUCUGCCUGCUAGUAUCGAGUAUCUCCGAAAUCUACAAAAAAUAUACGCUGACUAA